GACAGCUGUCAUUUCGCCUGAAAGUUUCCCGCGCAAAGGGUCGCGCUGUUUGGCACAGUUUUGACGACCUUGACCGCCUGAUUAUCUGCAGUUGCCCCACAGAGCUUGGGAAGCUCGGGUGUUGGUUAUAGUCCUAGAAGGGGAUAUUAAAUAAAAUGGCUCCGAUCGAUACUAGCAAGAAACCAAUCGUCUGGGUGUUGGGUGGCCCUGGAUCCGGUAAGGGCACACAAUGCGAGAAGAUAAUCGCCAAGUACGGCUUCACACACUUGUCUACUGGGGACCUGUUGAGGGCAGAAGUCAAAUCGGGCUCGGACAGAGCCAAGUGCCUCACUGCCAUUAUGGAACGGGGUGAGCUUGUGCCCAAUGACGUUGUUUUGGAUCUGCUGAAGGAAGCUAUACUCGCCCGCGCGGAAGAGUCAAAGGGAUUUCUCAUUGACGGAUACCCGCGAGAAAAGUCUCAGGGCAUCGCUUUCGAGAAAUCUAUUGCACCUGUUACUGUCAUAAUCUACUUCGAAGCGUCAUCAGACACGCUGACAAAGCGUCUUAUAGGACGUGCGGCAAGCUCUGGAAGAGCCGAUGACAACGAGGACACCAUCAAGUUAAGACUCAAGACUUUCCUCCAAAAUAAUGACCUGGUGCUAGCUCAGUACCCUGAGAAAAUCAAGAGGAUAAAUGCAGAAGACUCAGUAGACGCCAUCUUCAACCAAGUUCAACAGAUCUUGGAUCCGCUCGUUGCUGCCUAGACAAUACUCGCAUUGUAAAUAUUUAAAAUGGCCUUUUAUUAAAUUAUAUUUCUACUGUUA